CUAGACAGGGAGACCAGAGCAGUGCCAGAAAUCCCCAUCCAAGUGACAGCGGGAUUGGGAUAGAGGAGCUGCCAUGAGGAUGUCUGAAGCCAAGCCCUUCAGCAUCUCUUGCCUUGUGCUUUCCUUGCUUUCCUUGCACUGGGCUUUGCUCCAGCUGGGCCAGGCUUUUCCCAGCACCUCUGACUACCUCCAGCGGGGCUGGCAGCGGCUGCUGGAGGAAGGGGAGGGCUGCACGGAGUGCCAGCCAGAGGAGUGCCCGAUGCCACGCGGGUGCCUGGCUGGCACAGUGCGGGAUGCCUGUGACUGUUGCUGGGAAUGUGCCAACCUGGAGGGACAGAUCUGUGACCUGGACAACACCAACCAUUUCUACGGCAAGUGUGGGGAGCACCUGGAGUGCCGGUUGGAUGCCGGGGAUUUGCGUCACGGAGAGGUGCCCGAGCCCCAGUGCGCCUGCCUCUCCCACCUGGCCCUCUGCGGCUCUGAUGGCAAAACCUACGCCCAGAUCUGCAGGUUCCUGGAGGCUGCCCAUGCCCACCCUGAUGCCAACCUCACUGUGGCCCACGAAGGUCCCUGCGAGUCAGAACCUCAGAUCACCUCUCCUCCCUAUGACACAUGGAACAUCACUGGGCAGGAUGUCAUCUUCGGCUGCGAGGUCUUCGCCUACCCCAUGGCAUCCAUUGAGUGGAGGAAGGAUGGCACAGAGAUGCUGCUGCCUGGAGAUGACCCCCACAUCUCUGUCCAGUUCAGAGGUGGCCCCCAGAAAUAUGAAGUGACAGGCUGGCUGCAGAUCCAGGGUGUGCGGGUGACGGAUGAGGGCACGUACCGCUGCUUCGCCAGGAACAGGGUUGGGGAGGUGGUGGCCUUGGCCAGCCUGACUGUCUUCACACCAGACCAACUCAACCUGACAGACUUCUCUCUGCUGAAGCCCCGCAUGAAACCUGAGGACUACGGGGAGAGUGAUGAGGACUACUACUAGCCCAGAGAUGGCCUGUCCAGCUGCAGAGAUCACCUUGCCCAUAGCAGCCUUUCCCUGGGGCUCGGGGACAUCUCUGGAGCAAGCACCCUCAAGCCCAAAACUCCUCUGAAUAAUCCUGGCACAGAAGCCUGUUUUUUGGGGUGG